AGAAAAAAAAGGCUCAUCUGAGGGGUUUGAGGGGCGGAUUUGGACAAAGUUUCCCAACUGUCCCGACCCGAGGAAGCUCCGGGGGGGUUGACGGGGAGUCCAGUUCACCGAAAUAAUGGACGAUUCCCAUUUCAACUCAUCAUACUUUUGGUCUCCCGUCCCCACUGUACAAGGACAGAUUGAGAACGCCAUGUUCCUGAACAAGGCAAAGGAGCAGCUGGGUCCAGAGAAGGCCAAUGCGCCCUCCUUUCCUCACUCCUCCUCCACCUCCUCUCCACACUACCCCACGGCUGUGCUCGCCAUCCCUGGCUCAGUGGAUGGAGGGGCUGGGGUGCGGGUGGUCCCCAAGCAAGAAGGAGGUGGGGGUUCUGCAGGAGGCGGUGGUGGCGGCGCACCUUUGAGUGCAGUCGGGGGACACCUGCACCAGUCGCACACCUCCCAGAACGUCACCGUCGUGCCUGUUCCCUCCACGGGUAUCAUGACGGCAGCUGGGUUAGUGAUCACCACCCCACAAGGCACACUGGUCCCCACUGCCUCCACGCAGUCAUUUGUAGCUGGACACCCCACUGCCACCACCAUGAUAGUAUCUGCAGUGCACCCCUUAAAUGCAGAUAAAAAGGAUGACAUUGCUGUUCCUCCUGCAGUUGUCAUGCCGACGCCAUCAAAACGAGGCAGGAAGAGCAAACAGAUGAUGGGCAGAGUGACUGGAGUGGGCGGAGUUCUACCUCCAGGAAGUGAUGCAUUAAUAUUGGCACACCUUGCUGCUGGUGGACAGCACCACGCAGCUGACCCAUAUGAUCUGUCAAAUGACGAGGAUGAUCAUACCAACAAGGAUGGCCCUAAAUCCUACAGGUGUCGGAUGUGUGCAGUGACAUUCUUCAGCAAGUCCGACAUGCAGAUCCACGCCAAGUCCCACACUGAGGCCAAGCCCCACAAGUGCCCCCACUGCUCCAAGUCGUUUGCCAACUCCAGCUACCUGUCCCAGCACAUUCGCAUCCACAGCGGGGCCAAGCCCUAUACCUGCACCUACUGCCAGAAAACAUUCAGGCAGCUCAGUCACCUACAGCAGCACACACGAAACCACACUGAGGCCAAGCCCCACAAGUGUCCCCACUGCUCCAAGUCGUUUGCCAACUCCAGCUACCUGUCCCAGCACAUCCGCAUCCACACCGGGGCCAAGCCCUACACCUGCUCCUACUGCCAGAAAACAUUCAGGCAGCUCAGUCACCUACAGCAGCACACACGGAUUCACACCGGUGACAGACCGUACAAAUGUAACCAUCCUGGUUGUGAAAAAGCUUUCACUCAGUUGUCCAACCUACAGUCUCACCGUCGGCAGCACAACAAAGAUAAGCCGUACAAGUGCCACAACUGUAACCGUGGUUACACAGAUGCUGCCAGCCUGGAGGUGCACCUGUCCACACACACCGUCAAACAUGCCAAGCUGUUCUCCUGUGGCCUCUGUAACCGAUCCUAUACCUCGGAGACAUAUCUAAUGAAACACAUGAGGAAGCACAACCCCGACCCAUUAACAGUGGCAGCAACAGUAGCUGCGCAGCAGGCCCAGGGCCUCACACCCGGCGGAAGUGGCAGAGGCCGAGGCCGUGGUCGAGGUAGAGGAGGUAGAGCAAGCCAGCUCCAAAGCCAGACUAACCCUAACACCAACCAGAACCCUAACCCUGGACCCCCAGGCAGCUACCCGCCACCCCAGCAACCCACGGAAGCUGUGGUUCCAUGCCCAUUUGACCUGCACCAGUACAAGACAGUGGCGGCCGGCGAGAUUCAGUACAAACCAGUCACUGUGGCAGACCUGCCAGUGACCCACAAAGACCUCUGCCUAACCGUCUCCACGUCAGCCAUACAGGUGGAGCACAUGAACUCAUAGGCUGCGUCUUCCCGCUCUGCUUGAGGGAUUACUAAUUGUGUCUGCAGUGUAAAAAGGUCCAUUGAGCAAGUAAUUUAAAUGUAUUCAGUAUUACAGUCUUCUUAAAACAUGAAAAAACUAAUAGGGUGGAAAAAAUGUCCUAUUAGCCAGAUGAAAUUCUUAUGGUUAUUGACACGUCACUGAAUUUCAAAGUGUAAAGACACUAAUGGAAUCAGUUUAGAUUCACUUUUUUAUAGCUUUGAGUGCUAAAAUUGUGAAAGGGUUCAUCGGGUAAUGCAAUACAAUCAAAGGUAGAUAUCAAAUUGAAUUCGCCCAGUUAAGAAGCUUUAAAGCUGAGUACACUAUUAAAUUACUUGUGAGAACACAGAUAUUUGCCUCCUGAGUCCUCCAGCUGUGUAUCUCUCAGCAGAAAUGCUGGUCAAGGACACUGAUAUAUGUAGUUUUUUCUUCAGACUGGAGCCACAUUCCUCCAUUUUAUGAAGACUUUCCAAAGUCCAAUCUGCUACCAAGUUUUGACUUUGAUAUCAUUAUGAAUGAGUUGGUGAUUAAAUUUAAACCUAAAUUUCACAUAAGUAUCUUUGGUCUAAGUUUACUAUUAGUCAGCUAUGAGUCAUACACUGAUCUUAAACCAGCAGUCCUGCUUUGAGGGAUCAUCGGACGGCGAAGGUGUAAAAUAUCUGUAAAACGAAGUAAAAGUACACUAUUCUCUGCACAGUCAUGGGCCAUAGGAUAGUGUAUUUUUGAAGACAUUCAGAUCACAUUAAUCUGAACAUUCUCCACGAUUUAGUUCAAGCCAAAACAAGGGAGAGAAAGAAGACGAGGAGUCAUUGAUGAAAAACUAGAGAUUCAUAGUCACAUCUGAAACAGCAGUGCAGUGGUGUUGCUCUGAAGACUGAGGAAUGACGAAGAAAAUAAGUUUCAAUGGCCACUGAAUGGUACUGUCAAGGUGCCAUGGACAGCAAAGAAUGGAUCAUCAGGGCUGAAUUGGAGCCUGAGAAAAUGAUGUGGUGUGAUAGGGAACAUGGCUAACUUCUAAUGUUCAUUUCACGAAUCAUGGUGUCCUUAUUUACACCCACCUCCCCUCAGAGGAGCAAGGAGUUGAGGAGCCAUUUCUUUGUCAGAGCCCAAAGUGUCGAACAAAAGAGACCGAGUGGCUCAGGAAUGCACUCAGUGUGAGGAAUCUGCAGCAGAGCGAGAUGGAAACAGGAGAGAGAAAAGGGGCUGGAGGGUUUGGGGGGGGGUCAAAAAGAAAGCACUUGAUGAAGCUUGUACUUCACGCCUAUGUUUGUCAUCGUUUGUCUUUUUUUUAUAUAUCAUGUAUGUAUUUUUCUACCAACAGAGAAAACGUGUGAACAAAAGAGCGAUAGCAAAGUGAGUGCAUGAAUGUGAUGGGAACAGAGAGAAAAGUCCGAACAGCGUCUUGUCCCAUUUUUUGUUACUAUUCAAAGAAAAAAAGAGUUUACUAUCCUCCAAUGAGUAAAGGCAGCCCUGCUUGUCAUUGUCAGGAUGGUUGUUGGGGAAAUAAUGAUUGUGUGAUAAAAAAAAAAAAAACAACAAAAAAAAACAAAACAGCUGACAGGUACUGUUAUCAAUCUUUUUUUAAAAGAACUUUUCAUACAUAUUAUUACUACUUUCAUUAUAACUGUAUUGCAAAUGUUAUCCACAUUAUUACCAAUCUGAGGCAUUAUGGUAUUGCAGUAUGCUGUACAUAAAAUAGAUAGAAAAGACUUUUUCAUCUGUAAAAGGGAAGUAUGUCUUGUGUAAAGCAUAUAUGAAAACUAAAGGAAAAUUAACGAAGUACCAAAUCAUUGGUUGUGUCCCAGGUCACCUUGAGUGCUGAGGGUUUGUAACUGCCAUGCUGCAAAUGAGUGAUGAAUUCCAAGACUAAAAAGUUUGGAGUUGACCAAA